AAUCAUACCGGACUCCAAUUCGAAUUUGAGAGCUGCUCAGUCAACAUCUUCUCUUAACAGAAAAAUCUCAGCUUGAAUAAGCUUUUUACUAUACUAUGGCUUCCGAACUGCAGCCCAUGUACAGCUAUGGCAUCGACGUCAUCAGUAUUCUCCAAUCAUCGUUUCCCGAUGGAGAAAGCUUCUUUAUGGACGUUUCCAAAGUCUUUGAUCCAAAAUACGUCUUCACCAUCUACUUCCCCAUCAUCUUCGCUCUUCAGUGGGCCAUCGGUAUCAAAUUAUUGGGCACCAUCAUUGUCGUCGAGUGGCUCAAUCAAGUCUUGAAAUGGUUGAUGCACGGUGACCGUCCUUACUGGUGGGUUCACGAGAUGGAAGUCACUUACAACUCGACGACGCUCCUGCCCGAAAUCUUCCAGUACCGAUCCACUUGCGAGACUGGCCCGGGAAUGCCAUCGGGACAUUCGAUGGCAAUGUCCGCCGCCUGGUACGUCGUUGUCCAGUCAUUCAUCGACCGUGUCGUCAAACCGUCCAAAAUGAGCGCUUCAUUGAAACAACAAUCGACGCAACUUUUAUGGGGCGCAUUCGUCGUCAUCCAGACCCUCAUCGUCAUGUCGAGGAUGUACAUCGCCGCCCACUUUCCCCACCAGUGCGCUCUCGGUCUCUUUUUGGGUGUUUCUAUCGCCCAUCAAAUCUACGGCUCGUCAAAGUGGCUGAACCUUAAGCGCAGCCAAUGGCUUCUAGUCGCCUCAAUUAUUUUGGCCAGCGCCGUCGGCACCUACUCGUUCCUGUUGCUGACGGGAAGGAACCCGGCCUGGUCCAUCAGUCAAGCCUACAAGUGGUGUGCCAAACGGGAAUACAUUCACGUUGACACCACUCCAUUCUACAGUCUCACCCGCUACAGCGGAGCCGCUUUCGGUCUUGGCCUCGGCUUAACAUCAAAAUUUUUUACCCAGACAGAGAGAACGAGCUUCACCCGAGUCCAAAUAAUUGUCACCAUGAUUUUGGGUCUUGCCCUCGGCUACGGAGCUGAACUUGCCCACGUCGCUAUCCCGAAAACGAACGAGUCGGUGUUUUACACGCUCGAGUUCCUGUUGAACGUCGCCUUCCCGUACAGCGCAAUCGCAUUGGCACCUUACGCUGUGAUGGGAUCUGGAGUUGGUAAAGCCAAGUAUCUGUAAGGCAGCCGAUUUUUUCCUGACCGAAAGUAAUGGGAUUGAGAUAACAUUCCUGACACACCGCUGACAGUAUUGAUUCGUUUACCCACUUGCAUCCAUGUUUGAAUCACCCACUCACAUUUCUCAAAUUUGUACGCUACCAAGUUUAUCGUUUAUUUGUGUAAAUACUUUGUACCUUAUUCUUUCAAUUGUUGUACUUUCGCAAAGAUUUAGUAGGAUAGUGACUGAGUCUCAAUCCUAGAUUAAAAUUUGUUUUCCCACAUGCGUGUGCCUUGCCAAUAAAAAAAGAUAAUUUGAUUGCCAA